UUUCAAAAGUAAAUUUAAAAACAACGUCAUUGUAUUGAAUGCGUGAGUUCUAACAAAGAAAAAGUGCAAAUUUAGAUUGACUUCUCAAAGUGAUUAAUUCCGGUCGUAUUUAAACAAGACAAGCAAGACAAAACACUUAAUUGGUAAAUUGCUGUUGAUAACUGAAAAUUUUCCAACAGUUUUCGGCAAUUCGUCGCAAUGGUCUCGAAAGAAAUCGUUUUAUUAUUAGUGUUUGCCCACCUGGCGCUUUGCAGUAUUUUAAUUAUUGCACCGUCACCACCUCAGCCCCCAAAACCUAACGAAGUCGCUAAAAUGGCUCGGUAUAUUUUACGUAAUUCAGACUGGGUCUCAAUCGCGACUACAUCGACCCAAAAAGCCAUACAAGGCUACCCCUUUGUAUCUCUAAAAUCAGUCAGUGACGGCCCUAUGUCAAACAGUACGGGAAUCCCAUAUCUAUACAUGACAGACCUCGAUGUUUCAGGGCAAGAUAUCAAUAAAGACAACAAGUGCACAAUUAUGGCAUCUCUUGCUGAAUUAGAUUAUUGCAAACAGAAAGAUUUCGAUCCCCAGGACCCACGAUGUGCCAAACUCAUUAUUACGGGAAAAAUGCUCAAGGUUGAUAAAUCCAGUCCAGAGUAUCAAUUUGGGGAAAAUGCACUUUUCUCUAAACAUCCGUCGAUGAAAUGGUGGCCAAAAGAUCAUGAUUUUUAUGUUUCUAAAGUCGACAUUGAACAAAUCGCAGUACUUGAUUUCUUUGGCGGGAUCAAGUAUGUUUCAAAAGAAGAUUAUUUUAACGCAAACGAUAGAAUCCUUGAUGAUAUUCUCUUCAGUAAUGUGGAAUUUAUCGAAAUGUCAGCGUAAAAAAUACAAUACACAGCCGAAUUUUAUUUAAAUAUUCUUACAUUUUUUCAAGAAUGUUUUUCUCUUACAUCACAUUCUAAUCGCAAUAAAAAUUACAAAUAGUAAUAUUAAAAAAUACGAAUAAGUGAAAAAUCUAUCUUUACUUAACGCAUCUGAAAUUACAUAAAUAUAGAAAAUGUAUUUGCAAAAACUCCA